GGCUCGAGGGCCAGGCCGCUUGGAUCCGCGGCGGGCGGCGGCGGCAGCGGCGGCGGUGACACGUGUGAUGCAGCCAUGCACAUCCGUGCGGCAUGGCGGCAGCCACGGGCGACAUGCGCGCUGGCGAUUUCGCCGCGGCCACUGCCGCGCAUCCAGCGGCGUCGAGCACGAAUUUGCGGGUGAAGGUGGCAGACGCACAGGGGUUGCGCCUGAUGCGGGGCGGCGAGAUCCGCCUCGUCAUCACGCUGUGCGCCCGAGACGACCCUGAAGGCGACACCUUCGGGGCCAAGGUGACCCCCUGGCUCGAGGUCCCUGGCCUGGCAGCCCCGCAGUGGAAGGCGCGCGAGACCUCCUUCUCGGUGGCGGCCGAGCGGUGCUUCCAGGCCGAGUUCGUGGACUCGGCCUACGUGAACAUCGACCUGUACCAGAGGGGCCACACCGUGCCGGGAGGCCCACAGCCCUCCGCCGACGCCGUGGCCCCCGGGGGCGCGGCCGGCCCCGCGGGUAGCCGCAGCCUGAACUGGUCCACGCUGAAGCCCCGGGGCCUCGCGCUGAACUCCGCGCUCCAGAGGGCCUCGUCGCUGCUGAACGGCCCCACCCCUGACCGCGGGGAGGUCGUCGGCUCCCUGCGGCUGCCGGUCGGCAAGCAGCUGGCCUGCGGUGCGCAGAGGCCGGUGGAGUGGGCGGAGUUGUUGGACGCCCACGAGCAGCCAGGCAGGGGCAGGGCUAAGGGUUCCCUUUUGCUCGACGUAGCGGUGGCGAAGCCCGCGCCGCCCGCGGCCGCCCGCGCCUCGUCGCCGGAGGAGCCCUCGCCAGCGGCCCGCGCAGCGGGCAGCGAGUCGUGCGGGAGCUGCCCCUCCGCGCCGACGCCGCCACGGGCGGCGCAGCGGUCCUUGUCCCCGCCUUGCGGCAGCCCGGAGGACACCACGGACGAUUCCGCCUCGGAGAGCGGCCCUGGAGCGGACGACUCGGCCUCGGCUGGAUGUGCCUCAACUUCGUCAAUGUCGGCGCCUUCUGGGGCUUUGAGCCUGCGGCCCGAGGCGACGGUGCAGGCAGAGGCGCCGCUUGCAGGCCCAGACCUGUUGUCCCCGCGGGCCAUCAUGGAGCUGCUGCGCGCGGAGACCCCGGGCCAGCGGGACGGGCCGUCGAGAUGGCUGCCGCCCGUGCGAGCUCCUACCCCCAGUUUCGAUGAAGAUUCUGCCGUGAACAUUUUCACGAUCAACGAGACCGGGAGCUCCCAGGCGAGCAGCUCUGACAGGUUCAAGCAGUUCGUGAAAAGUUGGUCGCCGGACGUGAGGCCGCCACGGAUGGAGCCGAUGAGGCAGAAGCUCCGAUCGGCCCUGGAUCCGGGCGCACGUCGUCAGCACCACGAGGUGAAGAAGUGGCGCGUCUGGUAUUCAGAAUUCUGCGUGCUCAACGAGAUUGAGCAGCGGUUAGACGAGUCGGCGAGAUUGCUCACACAGGCAGCAGCUUCCAUGAAGCGCUUCGGAGACAAGCACGCGGCCCUGCUGGACCCUCAGCAGCUGUCAGCGUUCUUGAGGGACGCGGCGCUCUACUCCAGGAGCGAGGCGGACGUGCCAGGGCGCCUGGAGACCUUGUUGGGCCACCUGGAGACAGUCGCCGACGACUUCCGCAAUAUAUCGUUACAGGCUCCAGAGGUCGAGGACCAGACGGACCUACAGCGAGCUUGCGAGGAUCUGCAGGUUGACAUCGCAGUUCUAUUGGAAAGUGCUCUAAUGACGGCGCAACAGGCGUUGGCAGAGUACAAGAAGAUGCACUGCCGACUAGAGCUACUCGUGACCGAAUACGAGCCGGUCAUACGCUUAGAGCUUGCCCCAAGCGGACCUGUGUUUCUACCUCUUGUGACAGACGAGAGGCAUCGAGCCGCUGUGGUCCCACUGCCUGAGCAAGCGCUCCAGUGGGCCCUCGACUUCUCGCAGCUGGCCGGCAGCGCCUCCCGCCGCCUCGGCUCGCUGGCGCGGGAGCUUGGGCGGCGCAGGCCGCAGCUGAGAGGCUGCGCCAGCGAGCUGCGGUCCUUGAUGUUGCGGCUCGCCGCCGCGGGCGGCGACCGCCUGGAGGGUUGAGAAGCGCCGGCAUCGGCCGGAGGGCGGCAGCGCCUUCCUGGGCAUGGUGCUCGAUGACCAGCCUGAACAGGCUGGUCCCGUGCAUGAGGGGUCCGCUUCAGUACAUUCGUGGGCACAGCACUGAGCUCUACGCCGUCCUGGCGCUGUACACGCCCGUGGCGGCGCUGCUGCUGCUCAUGGAGGUAUUGCCGGUCAUCCUCCAGCGUUUGGCCGAGCAUUACGAGGGGGUCAAGUCGCACAGCGAGGUGCGCCCGCUGGCGGCGCACGGGCCCCGCUGCCCGCUCCUUGCCGGGACAGACGAGGGGAAGGGAGGAUGAUGGAAGAGCGGUGGGCGGAGGCCCACCGCUCGGGGCCUUGUUGUGCCGUCUUGGGGCGCUCUCGGGGUCUCUUGGGCCGUCUUGGC